AUGGGUAGCCCCGGCUCCCGACCUGGCCUUGCCCCCCGCUCCCGUCCCGGUUUCGCUUGCUGCUAUCUCCUGGCUCUCUUGGCUCUGGCCUCUGCCUGCUACAUCCAGAACUGCCCCCUCGGCGGGAAGCGCUCGGCGCUGGACGUGGACGUGCGAAAGUGCCUCCCCUGUGGUCCUGGGAGCAAAGGGCGCUGCUUCGGACCCAGCAUCUGCUGUGGCGAAGAGCUAGGCUGUUAUGUGGGCACCGCCGAGACCCUGAGGUGCCAGGAAGAGAGCUACCUGCCCUCCCCGUGCCAGUCUGGCCAGAAACCCUGCGGAAGCGGAGGGCGCUGUGCGGCCAGCGGGAUCUGCUGCAGCAGCGAUGGCUGUGGACUAGAUCCUGUCUGUGACCAAGAACCCACGUUCUCCUAG